AUGGCUGCAGAACAGUUGUGCUUUUCCAAACUAGAUGAAGAAGCUCAAGCUUUCAGUGCAGAACUGGAAAUUUUGUUACAGGGUGAUUUGGGCAUCAACAUGGUGUUUAUCUUGUCAGAGAAGUUUAGAGCAGCGGAAGGACAAGAACGCACCAUGGAAAGGGAUUUGUGCUUUUCCAAACCUAUCAAGGAGAUGGCCAAUCAUCUUAGACCCCUGUUCAUCACCGCAAACUUUGGUGGGAAUCCUAUCCCUAAAGUAAUGGUGGAUGGAGGUGCAGCCAUCAAUCUACUACCUCACAGACUCUUGGUUAAACUGGGCAAAACAGAAAAAGACCUAAUCCCAACGCGCCUUACAGUCACCAAUUUCGCUUGGGCCAUCACCAAGACCUAUGGGAUAUUGGAUGUGCAUGUCAUAGUAGGAACCAAGAAGCUGAAGAUUGCUUUCCUUGUGGAGGGACUGGAUCAACCAGAGUUUAUGUGUUCCUUCCACUCUACACAACAGUUGGCCCUCUGGCAUGAAGAGGGUUUUAUGGAGAUAAUAGAGGCUGAUCCACGACCAUUUCUACCAUCUGCAUUGUGCUUUGAGGCCAAGUAUUAUCAUGAUGGUCUUGGUCCCUUUACUUUCUUUGGAGUCAAUCAGAGUGGCCGCCCCCAUGGUGUCACGGCCUAG